AGUUAAUAUAAAUCGCUUGAGCUCGAAUGACGUGUGUGUGUUCACCAGCUGUGCGCACACUCAGUCUUAUUUUACUGUAACGUACAUUUCCCAUACACAAUUCUACUGUUUCUUGUUCGAAAUAUAUGGUUUAAGUUUUUUUUUUUGGUUUGAAAAACAUUAUUAAAUCAAAAAACGAAACGAAAAAAACUGGGUAGGCUUAUAUUCCAUUUGCCAUUACAGAAUUCAGCACACUGUCUAAUCGAAAAACAAUUCACUCAACAAAACAAACCGUAAUUUUGCUUCCGGAAAAACGGUAUGGUUUUGUUUCCCGUUGACUUAUAAUUGCGAUAACGGGUGCGCGCGCGUGUGCAUACAGUGCUCGCACAAUUUUUUGCGCGAACAGAAGAAAAAUUGUGUUAGCAAAAUCGAAAUAAAUACUCUCUCGGGUAAUCAUAUGGUUUCUAAUUUUUCAAAAGUGCGCGAAUUUCUCGGUUUGUAGUUUGGUUUUCGUUGUUUGUUCGGUGUUUUCGGUAAACAAGUGCUCUAUCGAAUGAAACGCGAAGGUGCAUGCAGCUAUCGGAAAAGAAAGGAAAUAAAAUCAGGCAUUUUUUUGUUAUUGUAUAGAAAAGUAAGUUUGCGCGCGCAGGCUAAAACUGUUCCGUUACCUUUCAUUGGACAGCCAGCACUUUAAACGAGUGGUUAUUUAUUUUCUGCUGUGUUCGACUUUUGCCUGAUGAUAAUAAACAACAGCAAUUGCAGCAGCAGCAACGCAUCGAAUUCGAAGUGAUCUCCAGCUCUCGGCGGUCGCAUUUCGCAUCCAAACUGAAGACGAAACUGUAAUUGUGUGCACAAGUGAUUUUCACCUACGGUGUACUGCAUGAAGCGCACGAGAAAGAGCAAUAAAAUCGAAAUUGAUUUUUUUUUUGUUCGAACGACAAAUUAAAACGGGACACGAAAAAAAAGUUCGGAACAUUGAGGAAAAGUGAUCCAACAGCUUGCAUUUUCGUUCCUUUUGCGCCAUCAGCGAACUUUGGGAUAAACGAGUACGAAAGACAAUAAGUAACUUGUUUUAUGAAUUAAGAAGAAGUGUGUUCAGUUGAUUCAAGCGGCGCUUACGUUUUGAACGAAAGAAAUAACAUCGAUUAUAUCACGUACCAUCGCGGCCACUUUGUGCACACUUCAUCAGAUCCAUUUAUUUAGUUGCAAACGAUCGCGUGAAGAUUAGUGGCUUACGGUUGCCGAAUAGAAAAGAUAAAGCAUCUAAAAGUAAACCGUGUGUGUUUAAGUCAACGAACACUUAAUAUUUUCAAUAAUUGUGCAGCCCGCAGCUGAUCGCCUUACUGACGUAAUCAUCUUCGAUCGUUGCAAAGUAUUGCAUCAAUUUUUGGUGUUCAAAAGAAACGGAAAACGAUUCAAACUCGUAGUGAAAAGAACAAUAGUAAAAACCGUAUUGAAAUCAAACUCCAUUGUGCUGUCAAUUUGAAAGAAAAAUAGUGAAAAUGAAUUGUUGCUGUCAUCGUAACGUCACGCAAAACUGAACGGGAACAUCGACGACUAGUACAUCAUCAUUGUUAAUUUCUUUCGUCGAGUCGCUGUUUUUUGCUCGAGAAUGUAUAUCAAAUUGAAUGAAAUUUUUUGUUUGAAAGUAACAGUUAAUUGGCAAUUGAAACUUAUAAAUUACGACAAAAUAUUCAUUUGGACCCAUUUUUGAAUUCUCACUACGAAACCGAGACGAAAAAGAAUUCAAAUUGAAAAACGAAAACGAAAUUGAAAUCGAAAGUGCACUUAACGUGGCAACUCACAUGAAAAAAAAAAAACAUAACUCCAAACAGAAACAAAACAAAAUACCAGUAAGUGAUUGAGAGAAGAAGAAGAAGAAGAAACAAUUUACGAAAUAAAGACAUAUAAACUUGUGUGAAACUCAGAGAAAAAACCCGAAAAAAACUCCAAACGAAAUGGUACUGAAUAUACUGAUUGCAUCAACUGUGAUAAAGUCAACGUUUGGCGUCGUUACCACUAGUCUAUGGCUGAUACCACUUUUAUUGGCCGCAAUUUCAUAUUACCGCUAUGAUCGCGUUGAUCCCGAAUCACGACCCAUCGACCAGAAAAUCCUCUACGCAAAUUACGAUUUUAUAAUAAUUGGUGCGGGAAGUGCCGGUGCUGUGGUAGCGAAUCGACUGAGUGAGAUUAAACAUUGGCGCAUCCUAUUGCUUGAAGCCGGUCCAGAUGAAAAUGAAAUUUCUGAUGUUCCAUCGCUAGCGGCUUAUUUGCAAUUGAGUAAAUUGGAUUGGGGUUACAAAACGGAGCCGUCGAAUAAAUCAUGUCUCGGUAUGAAGAAUAAUCGUUGUAAUUGGCCGAGAGGAAAAGUAUUGGGAGGUUCAUCGGUCCUAAAUUACAUGCUGUACGUGCGUGGAAAUAAACACGAUUACGAUUUGUGGGAAUCACUUGGCAAUCCUGGCUGGGGAUGGAAGAAUGCCUUGUACUACUUCAAGAAAUCGGAAGACAAUCGAAAUCCAUAUCUGGCGAGAACACCGAGUCACUCAAAGGGCGGCUAUCUCACGGUGCAGGAAUCUCCAUGGCACACGCCGCUUGUUGCCGCUUUCGUUGAGGCUGGAACCGAAUUGGGCUAUGAAAAUCGUGAUAUAAACGGUCACAAGCAACAGGGAUUCAUGAUCGCACAAGGAACCAUUCGACGCGGAAGUCGAUGCUCCACAGCCAAAGCUUUCUUGCGGCCAGUUCGAUUGCGAAAAAAUUUGCACGUCGCAAUGAAUGCUCAUGUGACACGGCUUGUGAUCGAUGAUAUCAAAAUGCAAGCGACUGGCGUUGAAUUUAUUCGCUACGGCAAAAAGUAUCGCAUUUCGGCACGUCGCGAAGUUAUUCUGUCGGCCGGAGCAAUCAACAGUCCCCAAUUACUUAUGCUCUCGGGCAUCGGGCCACGCGCUCAUUUGGAGAAGUUGGGAAUUCCGGUGGUCAAAGAUUUGCAAGUCGGUGAAAACUUGCAAGAUCACGUCGGAAUGGGUGGUUUGACUUUCCUCGUGGAUAAACCAAUAGCCAUCAUUCAAGAUCGUUUCAAUCCGGCCACAACAACCAAUCAAUAUGUAUUGAAUGAACGAGGGCCAAUGACAUCACUCGGUGGUGUUGAGGGAUUGGCGUUUGUCACGACAAAACUAGGAAAUCAUUCAAUCGAUUGGCCCGAUAUUCAAUUCCACAUGGCACCCGCUUCGAUCAACUCCGACGCCGGUGCUCGAAUUAAAAAAGUACUUGGCAUAAAAGAGAGUUUGUAUCAAUCGGUUUACGCGCCAAUCGCCAAUAAAGAUGCUUGGUCAAUUAUGCCACUUCUGUUGCGACCUCGAUCCCGAGGUUGGGUACGAUUGCGUAGCAAAAAUCCAUUCGACUUUCCACUGAUGGACCCGAAUUACUUUGGCGAUCGUUUCGACAUAGAUACUCUGGUGGAAGGCGCCAAAAUCGCAUUGAAAGUGGCCGAAGACACCAAAGUGUUCAAACAAUUCGGAUCGCGAAUCCAUCGGAUACCAUUUCCAAACUGUAAGCAACACGAAUUCAUGUCAGAUGCAUACAUCGAGUGUCAUAUUCGAACGAUUUCCAUGACAAUCUAUCAUCCGGUUGGCACAUGUAAAAUGGGGCCUGACAACGAUCCAGAGGCGGUUGUCGACCCACGAUUGCGAGUCUAUGGUAUCAAAGGUCUUCGAGUCAUAGAUGCUAGUAUCAUGCCCACCAUUUCGAGUGGUAAUACCAAUGCUCCCGUCAUUAUGAUCGGCGAGAAAGGAGCCGAUCUCAUCAAAGAGGAUUGGCUUACCACAUACACAAUUCGAAUUAUAAAGGAAUGAACAAGUGUGACGGACACAUCACACAAAUGAGAUCAGAAACAUGAGACCUCCUCAAAAGAAAAUGUUGUUCAUAAAAUAUCAGUUAGAAUCAAUGACAAAAAUGCAUCAAUUUUAAAUUAUUUUGCAUUGUUAGUUAACAAAACGAAAUCAAGUUGUGUACAUAUUUCGAUGUAAGUGCCUAGACUGAUAAUUUACAAAUUAUGCGUUGAGUUGACUCUUAGUUCCAUUGAAAUCAUUUCAAUUCGUGUGACAUUUGAAUAUUGAGAUUGGUGCGGAAAUUGAUAGUUCGAUUUGAACAGGGGUAAGUGAGGGUGGCACAACUGUAAACAUCACAAAUGCAAAAUGAAAUGCUCAAAAGCGAAGCUAAAUGUGCCAUAGAAAUAGAAUUGAUCAAAUGAAUUGAUCAAAUGUGAAAUGUGUUCAAAUUUUAUCGCGCCAAACGCACGAACUAUCAAUAUUCCAAUCAACCCGAAAGCAGUUCACCAGCAAAUCAUUUGCUUUGCUUUUGUUGUUUAGUCUUUAAAUAAGUUAGUUUUCAUUACGUAAAUAUUAGAUUUGUUAUGGAUUAAAUAGAGCGAAAAACCACUUUAAACAACCAAAUAAAUUGAUUUUUUUAAGAAUUUGAAGA